UUUGAAGCAGCUGCUGACAGCUCAACAAUAUUUUCGCUCGACCAAAAAAAAAACAUCAAAAAAGGGCUUUUCGUGAUAUUUUCUAGAAAUUUUAGGCCAAAAUUCCAACCAAACGACUGCGGCGACAUCAUGGAGGAGGACUUUGAGCCGCUGGAAGCCUCGAUCCGGAACGUGAUUGACCAGACGUCCCUGAAAUGGGUGUUUGUGGGAGGAAAGGGCGGUGUCGGCAAAACGACCUGUUCCUGCAGUUUGGCGGUGCAGCUCUCGCUGAAGCGAGAAUCCGUGUUGAUCAUCUCCACCGAUCCGGCCCACAACAUCUCCGAUGCGUUCGAUCAGAAGUUCACCAAAGUGCCGACGAAGGUGAACGGAUUCGAUAACCUUUUCGCGAUGGAAAUCGAUCCGAACGUGGGCCUCAGCGAACUACCGGACGAGUACUUUGAGGGUGAUUCGUCUCCGCUGAACGUAGGCAAGGGAGUGCUGCAGGAAGUGAUCAGCACCCUGCCCGGAAUCGAUGAAGCCAUGAGUUACGCCGAAGUGAUGAAGUUGGUGAAGGCAAUGAACUUCUCCGUGGUCGUGUUCGAUACGGCACCGACUGGUCACACGCUGCGCCUCCUCUCGUUUCCACAGGUCGUGGAGAAGGGGCUGGGUAAGCUGCUGCGGCUCAAGAUGAAGCUCUCGCCCAUCAUCUCACAGAUGGGAGCGCUGUUCGGGAUGGCAGACUUUAACGGUGAUACGAUCGCGACGAAGCUGGAGGAAAUGCUCCAAAUCAUCCAGCAAGUUAACGAACAGUUCCACAACCCCCAACAAACGACGUUCGUGUGCGUCUGUAUAGCGGAGUUCCUUUCGCUGUACGAAACGGAGCGGUUAGUGCAGGAGCUGACCAAGUGUGGUAUCGAUACGCACAACAUCAUCGUGAAUCAGCUGCUGUUCCAACGGAAGGGUCAGCAACCGUGCACCAUGUGUUCGGCUCGCUGCAAGGUGCAGGCCAAGUAUCUGGACCAGAUUGCCGAUCUGUACGAGGAUUUUCACGUCACCCGGUUACCGCUGCUCGAUGAGGAGGUGCGCGGGGUGGAGAAGGUGAAGAAAUUCUCCAAAAAUCUGCUGGUUCCUUACACGCCCGAUACUCCCGCGGAAGCACCAGCAGAAGCACCCAAGGCGGAGUGAUAACGAAUCAAGAGUGCGAAGCACGGACACAGACGCUCUAGGAUUGAGGACGACAACAGACCAGUAUAUAGGGCAGGGGGAGCAGGGUUAUUAUCCGGGUAUCAGUUUGUACUAGGCUGCUGCGUAGAAUGGCUUUAUUUACGUGAAGAUUGAGGGGCACCAGCAGUCCGAUUAGGUUCAUUGUUCUAUCCCGCACGGAAGGAAUCACCCAUGGAGUUCUUUUAAAAGUUCUCUCCUUUUUUGUUUCCGCUUCCGUUCCACGAUGAAAUACAGAAUCCAAGUUGA